CUUAUGCCAGUGAUAGAGUAAAAGACUAAAGCAGCUUGUGAAUUUACUUAGUUGUCAUGGGCCCUUGGGGGUCGAUCAAGUGGCACCACUGACUCACAGAGGAGACGAACGAAGACACAUGAAGAAACAACAACAACAAAAAAAAAACCAACACAAGUGACAAGAAGUAACUAAGGACAACAAAGCUUUUGUAAGUAAGAGCUCAAGAGAAACGCAACAGAGCGAGGGGCAAACAGGGUGAGCCUUUCAUCCAGAGGGGAGACAGUCUUUAGUGUGUUGCCUCCACGCAGCAGAGAGAGCAGCCGACAAGAUCACCCAGAUCCUUCACUCCAUCGUCCAUCCAUUCGUCUAUCCAGUGAGGAAGACAUGAAGAGACCUCACGACUACAGUUCCCCAGACUCGGACACAGACGAGUUUAUUGACGUGGGACAAGAAGACAGCUAUUGCCCAGUCACCGGGUCCAUGUCUCCUGGCAGCGCCUCACAGAUUCUGGCCCGAAAGAAGAGAAGAGGGAUAAUAGAGAAAAGGCGCAGAGACCGGAUCAACCACAGCCUGUCAGAGCUCCGCAGACUGGUGCCCAGUGCUUUUGAGAAACAGGGCUCAUCUAAGCUGGAGAAAGCAGAGAUUCUGCAGAUGACAGUGGACCACCUCAAACUGCUGCAUGCCAUGGGGGGAAAAGGAUACUUUGAUGCGAGGGCCUUGGCAGUCGACUACAGGACCCUGGGUUUUAGGGAGUGUGUUGGGGAGGUGGUGCGGUACCUCAGCUCCCUUGAGGGGGAGUCCCCGGACCCUAUAGGAGCCCGCCUGGUCUCCCACCUCUCCCACUGUGCAAGUGAGCUUGACCCUCUCCUCUUACAGACACCCCCAGCCUCCACCUUACCCUUCCCUCCUUGGCCGUGGGCAUCCUUCCCUCAGAUCUCCCCCAGCUCGCCAGCUUCUUCCUCACCUCCUUUCCCCAAUGGGCGAAGAGAUCUUGCCCUGCUGGGGAGCUACCCAUCGCCUGCCUCCCUCCGCCUCGCCCCCCUGGCUGGCUGCCAGCAGGGUGCACCGCCGCUCCUUGCGCCUACAGCUCUGGCCACCGUGCACAGGAUGCCCUCCCUCGCAGCGUCCCCAGCCUUAGCCCCCUCUAGACCAACCCAGCCGUCCCCUCACUGCGCCACCAGGGCCUCGCCUCUUCCUCUUCCCACCCCUUCCUCUUCCUCUCCUUCCACCUCCUCUUCCUCCUCUUCUACUUCAUCAUCCUCUGCUCCACCGCAAGUCUCUUUCAGGCCCUUUGCACCUCUGGGGUCUCCCACAGCCCAGCGCAGGGGCUUGAGCGGAUCAGCCAAGGCUGCCCAGGGAUGGGGGACAGAGAUCGGAGCUUUCUGAGGCUCAACUCCGCUUUUGUUUUCCAAAUGAACUUUAUACAGUGGACACUGAGCUCCCAUGUGCUCUAUGUAGCAAAUAUGAUACCUUUGGAGAAAGAAGUAUUGGACCUUUGAUGAUUGUCGCCACCUUUAAGGGACACUAAAAGCCAUAUCAGACUAUGGGGGAAGUUUUAGAUAAACAAUCAUUUAUAAUAAAAGAAUGGAGGAAUGUGAAGGAAUAGAAGAUUUGAAUAAAUUUAUGUUCAUGAUCGUGCUUGACAAAUACACACAUAGAAGAGUGUCCGACAGAGCCAUAUAAAUAUAUAUCCCUCACCAGGGUGAUGUUGAAUUUUCACUGAUCUUUUAACUGUGAUAUUUGUUUUGUUGUUGUUUUUUUUCCCAAAACAUUUAUACAUUUGAUUUCCUUUUCCAACUCUGAAGAAUGUUUGACAAAAAUCUCUAUAAAAACUAAGUGCC